AUGGCAGCAGCACUAACUUGGAUUCCUCUCCUUGUAGGUCUUCUGGCAGGGUUGAGGGACACCAAUGCCCAGCAGACAACUUUAUACCCACUCGUGGGUCGUGUUUUUGUGCAUCCCUUGGAACAUGCCACCUUCCUGCGCCUUCCAGAACACAUUGCGGUGCCACAUACUGUCCGACUCACCUACCGGGCCCACCUCCAGGGACAUCCAGACCUGCCCCGGUGGCUGCGCUACACACAGCGCAGUCCCUAUAACCCUGGCUUCCUCUAUGGAACUCCCACUCCAGAAGAUCGUGGACGCCAGGUCAUCGAGGUCACAGUUUACAACCGAGACAGCUUUGACACCACUAGACAGCGACUGCUGCUGCUGAUCGAGGAGCCCGAAGGUCCCCGGUUGCCGUACCAAGCCGAGUUCCUGGUGCGCAGCCAUGAUGUGGAAGAGGUUCUGCCCUCCACACCUGCCAGCCGCUUCCUCACCGCCUUGGGGGGACUCUGGGAGCCAGGGGAGCUCCAGUUGCUCAACAUCACUUCGGCCUUGGACCGUGGAGGUCGUGUUCCUCUUCCCAUUGAGGGACGGAAGGAAGGGGUAUACAUCAAGGUGGGCUCUGCCACGCCCUUCUCCACCUGCCUGAAGAUGGUGGCAUCACCUGACAGCUAUGCCCGUUGUGCCCAGGGACAGCCUCCAUUACUGUCCUGUUACGACACCUUGGCACCCCACUUCCGUGUUGACUGGUGCAAUGUAUCUUUGGUGGACAAGUCAGUGCCGGAGCCCCUGGAUGAAGUGCCUACUCCAGGUGACGGGAUCCUGGAACACGACCCAUUCUUCUGCCCACCCACUGAGGCCACAGGCCAAGACUUCCUGGCAGAUGCCUUGGUCACCCUCUUGGUGCCCUUGCUGGUGGCUCUACUGUUCACCCUGCUUCUGGCUUACGUCAUGUGCUGUCGGCGUGAAGGACGGCUGAAGAGGGACAUGGCCACCUCUGACAUCCAGAUGGUUCACCAUUGCACCAUCCACGGAAAUACAGAGGAGCUUCGGCAGAUGGCAGCCAGCCGUGAGGUGCCCCGGCCUCUUUCCACCUUGCCCAUGUUCAAUGUACGCACGGGAGAGCGGUUGCCUCCUCAAGUGGACAGCGCACAAGUGCCCCUCAUCCUGGACCAGCACUGA